UAUGGCGCCAGUGGAGGGAAGGGAGUAGUAGAGGGUGGAGGUUUUAAAUAUUGUCUUAAAGUUAUUACAUGUGAAAUUUUGCAUAUUCAGUGUUAAGAGACCAAUAGUUCUACUUACACAGCGUAUGAAAACUCGCACUUUGUUGAUCUAACCCAUUACUCCACGCAUAGUCAUGACGUCCGGAGCUGUUCGCAAGCAUAAAGACAAGAAGGAUAAGAAGUCACACGGAAAGAAGUUGAAAAAGAAGAAGAAACUCAAUAGAUCUGUUUGUGAGGAGGAGGAUCGAAUAAAUGAUGCAGAAGACAGUGGUGAAGGAAAUAUGGAUCUGAGUGAAGAAUUGCAUCCAAUUGGUUACUACAUUAAUGACAGGGAAGAAAUGAUUAAUCAGAUGUUUUCAAUUAUCAAAGGUGAUAAACUGAGAGCAAUGCUUCCACCUAUUCUGAAGGAUUCAACAAUUGAUGAAUUAAAAUCCCACUGCCUGGAUGAAUUACUUGGAAUGUCAUCAAAACGUAUCCACAGUGUACUCGAAGGUCGGGAAUUGGAGACUUCCUCUGAAUCUGAUGACACAAGCUCCAAUCCAGAAAAUGAAAAUGCCAUGGGAACAUCUACAGAGAAUAAAGGCCAUUGGUCAAGUGAUGAAAUGAAAGCUGGAACACAGGAUCAAGAUUUGGGAGAGGUGGAAAAGGACAACUUUACAGGUGAUGAAAGAAAUGGGUUGCAGAAUGGACCAGUACCUGAUAUGGACACCCUAGAGAUUGGCAUCACAAAAAAGGAAAUGGGAGAACUGUUGAAUUAUAUGCCCUCUGCCAAGCACUGUGAAAGAAAGAGGACUUCUUCAAAAUGUGAGGCAGAGCCACAUGUUUCUGUAGUUAAGAGAAGCAAGAGCAAGGUGAACAGUCGAAGAAAGGCAAAAGAAUUAGAAAAGCAAAUUAAAGUUACAAAGAAAGAUAUUGAAGAGUCUGAAGAAGCAGGUUCACCUUUAGAAACUGUAAAUUUGAAUGAUGAUGAUGACAUGUCAGCAAAAACAGAUGAGAGUAAAGGCAAGACAUUGCUCGAAAUUCUGGAGCUUGAGAUGAGGGCUCGUGCAAUUCGAGCUCUUCUGAAACAGCAGAGUGGACCAGGGGAUGGAGAAGAUGUAGACUCUUGUGAAGGUGACUCAGAACUAAGAAGUCCUUGCCUAAGUACAGUGAAAGAUGCUGUUGGCAGUUAUAAUGAUUGGUCCCCUGAAGACAAUGCAGCAGGAUCUAACAGUUUUGACAUCAUCCCUAAAUCUAUUAGGCAGAAAUUUAAACAGAAAGGAAUGGAAAAUGUGCCUCUAAAUCAGUGUAUUGUUGAUGCAGAACAUACAAAUAAUUUAUAUUCCGCCCUGUCACCUAAGCUAUCUCAAGACAUCAAUGCUAUAACCCAGUUCUGUUCAACUCAGAGUCCUGAAUUAUGUUCUCCCACAAAAACUGACCACACACUAGGUACUAAGCACUCUGAAUUUAAUAAAAAUUUAUACCAAGUAGCAAAUGAAGAUAGCUCACAAAGCAUUUCACUCGGCAACAUAAAAAGUGAAGUCAUUUGUUGUGGCAAAACACAAGGUACUGACAGCAUGAAAUUAGGCCUUCCUUUACACUCAAAUAACGUAGAUCAGGAAUCAGGGUCAUAUGCAGGAGAAUGCAAAGAAACUGAAAUGGCAUUGACACCUGAUGAACCAAAUAAGGAAGAUGGGGAGCUGAGUAAUGAUGAUAAAUCAUCUGAGAGUGUUCUAGAAAUUCAGCCAGAUGGAGGAUGUAACGAUAUAAUAAUUUUAGAUGAUAGUGAUGAUGAGUUAUUGGAAUUGUAUACCAGCAAUAAACUUCAGAAGACUUUAGUUCAACAAACACAUAAUUCACAGAAACUGUCACUUGAAAAUCCACAUGAACAGGGUAAUUUCAAUAACGACAGAUCUCCAAAUGUACAGAUCCAUGGAACUUUAAAUACUGCGUUAAGAGAAUGCCUUGUUAAAGCUCAUAAACCAUUAAUUUCUUAUGAAACUUCUGGUUCAACAUCAGAGAAUUUAGCCCAAACUGAAAAAAAUGUAUUUUCAUCUAGCUAUACUGAAACUGAAGGUAAUGAACAUUGCAGACCAGAGAGUCAGAACAAAAGCAGUGACACUACAGAUUGUUCAUGGGCAACACGAUGGCUUCAGAGUAAAGAUGUACAGAAGGUAGUGUCCACAAGUAAAAUGUGUGCCAAAAUCCGCAAGAGAAUGAAGUUUGCACAGAAAGGGAAUACAAUUUCACUUACAAGAGAUCCUGAAGGAAGCUGCAAGUCUUCUGUUGUUAUUGUGGGGAGUGUUAAUGAAUAUAACAUGCUGGAUAAACCAAAGUGUGGGAAUUGUGAAACUCCAGAGGAUAGUAGUAAAUCAUCAGAAUAAAAUAAUGUGACAUAUUGGCUCAAUGCAGGAGCUGUUGAGCCACAGAGGCCUUGGGGCACGCACGCAACGGGAGAGUUGCGGAUUGUAUUGGUGUGUUGCUAGGCGAGAACUCUGUGAACGCUUGGAUAAUGCAACAGGAAGUAUGGGUCACGUGAACUCUGCAUUUCCACGAGUGACGUCACAUAU